AUGUGGAUUCGGGAGCAUCUUUACUUCAAUGGUUUCAGUAAAAAUUAUUUGAAUUGGAUUUGGCAUGGUGAGGCUGCGGAGAAGGAUAGAUUAAAUUCGAGUGUCAACCAAGAGCCAACUGAUAAUUGUCAUGAUGAUUUUGAAACUGUUAAUUUGUGUGAGGCAGCGUAUGAUAACCAUACAGAAAAUCCAGAAGCAUUUAUGAAGUUUUUGGAGGAAGCAGAGAAGCCACUGUAUAAUGGAUGCAAACGUUACACAAAGUUGAGUGCACUUGUAAAACUAUACAAUACCGAAGCAAGGCAUGGGAUGAGUGAUGCUCUAUUUUCAGAUCUACUAGCAGAUUUUGGGGACAUGCUGCCAGAUAACCACAAUCUGCCAUCGUCAAUUUAUGAAGCAAAGAAGAUGUUGAGUUGUUUGGCUUUAAGUCAUGAAAAGAUUCAUGCUUGUUCCAAUGAUUGCAUCCUUUAUAGGAAACAAUAUAAAGACUGCGUAAGCUGCCCGAAAUGUGGCUUAUCAAAAUGGAAGCUAACCAAGAAAAAUGUUGAGAAGAAAGGUGUUCCUGCCAAAGUGGUUUGGUAUUUCCCUCCCAUACCAAGAUUUAAGCGCAUGUUUAAAUCUUUAGAAACUUCCAGAAAUUUAACAUGGCAUGCAGAUAGCACAAGAGUUGUUGGUCAGUUACGCCAUCCAGUUGAUUCACCGUCAUGGAAAUUGGUGGAUCAUAUGUGGCCCGACUUUGGAAGUGAGGCAAGAAAUAUUUGCCUGGCACUUGCAGCCGAUGGAAUUAAUCCUCACAGCAAUCUUAGUAGUCGCUACAGUUGCUGGCCAAUCAUGCUGGACACAUAUAAUUUGCCUCCAUACAUGUGCAUGAAAAGGAAAUUCAUCAUGCUAACGAUGCUCAUUUCAGGGCCGAAACAGCCUGGAAACGAUAUCGACGUCUACCUUGAGGUUCUGGUUGAUGAUUUGCAACUCUUGUGGGAAGGAGUUGAUGGAGUUUAUGAUGCUUAUCGAAGGGAGGUUUUCACUCUUAAAGCAAUUCUUUUAUGGACCAUCAACGACUUUCCUGCAUAUGGUAACCUUAGUGGAUGUACUACACAUGGUUAUUACGCAUGCCCAAUAUGUGGUGAGGAUACUUAUGCAAAGCACUUACCAAAUGGGAAGAAAAUGUCAUUUGCUGGGCAUAGACGAUUCCUACCACGAUUUCAUCCAUAUCGGAGGCAAAUAAAGGAGUUUAAUGGCAUGGAGGAACUUGGUGAAGCAGGUAGGCCAUUAUCUGGAAUUAAGUUGUUUGACAAGCUUUCAGACAUAACAUGUGAGUUUGGAAAGAAAACAAGUGCAUUGUCCGAUGUUAUGCACAUUGAGAAAAACGUUUUUGAGUCUCUGAUUAAUACUUUGAUGAACAUCAAGGGAAAAACCAAGGACAAUGUGGCAGCUAGGUUGGACAUGGUUCAGAUGGGAAUUAGGCCUCAAUUGGCUCCUAAAAUUGGUGAGAAAAGAACAUAUCUACCUCCUGCAGCAUGCUCAUUCACAAAAAAUGAGAGAUUACAAGUAUGUAGGUCAUUAAUAGAUAUAAAAGUUCCGGAAGGUUUCUCAUCAAACAUGAAGAAUCUUGUCUGCAUGGAUGAGAUGAAGCUGAGUAGCUUGAAAUCACAUGAUUCUCAUGUUAUAAUGCAGCACUUCCUGCCAAUAGUCAUACGUAAUUCUCUGCCAAAAUAUGUUAGAUAUGCUGUCAUAAGAUUAUGCUUCUUCUUCAAAGAUAUUUGUUGGAAGAUUAUCGAUGUAGCCAAGUUAGAUAAGCUGCAAUCUGACUUGAUUGUUACACUCUGCUUAUUGGAGCAGUAUUUCCCCCCUUCUUUCUUCGAUAUCAUGCUCCACUUAACAGUUCAUCUUGUUCGUGAAGUCCAAUUAUGUGGACCAGUCUACUUCAGAUGGAUGUACCCAUUUGAAAGAUGCAUGAAGGUGUUGAAAAGUUACGUAGGCAGUCGAAAAUAUCCAGAAGGUUGCAUUGUUCGAAGAUAUGCAGCAGAAGAAGUAGUUGAAUUUUGUUCAGAAUAUCUCAAUGACCUUGAUCCUGUUGGGGUCCCUAAAUCACUAUGUGACCCAAACGCAAGCAUUCCUGGAUUCUCAGCAAGCAAUUCAUCAAUCAUCGUCCAACAAAUUGAUCUCCAACAAGCACACUUGACUGUUCUAGAAAAUACAGAAGAAAUAUCUCCAUACAUUAUUGAACACAAAUCCUUCUUGAAGACAAUGUUUCCCAAGAAACAGAAAGAUGCAAGGUGGAUACAAGAUGCUCAUAAUAAGAGGUUCAUUGACUGGUUUCGUGCAAAGGUGGCUGCUGAAAUCGAUAGUUGCAAUGGUGGAAUGACAUCAUCAUUGAGAUGGCUGGCCCAUGGACCACGUGUGCGAGUCUUAAAGUGUGAUAGCUAUGUCAUAAAUUGCAAUUUAUACCAAACAAAAGAGCGGGAUGAUGAGAAAGCUUGUCAAAACAGUGGUGUUUCUCUACUUGCCAACACGAUGCUUGUUUGUAGUGCCAAAGAUAAGAAUCCCGUGUUAGAGAAUGUGACUUUUUAUGGAGUUAUUGAAGAGAUAUGGGAAUUAGACUAUCAUCAAUUUCAAGUUCCUCUUUUCAAGUGUGCAUGGGUAUCAAAUGACAAAGGAAUACAAUACAAUGAUGAAUGUGGCUUCACCUUAGUUAAUCUGAACAAACGAGGCCACCAGAAGGAUGAAUUUGUGCUUGCAAGGAAAAGAACAAUGCGUCCUAAAAAACAGCGAAAAAUAGCAAAAUAUGAUGAGCCACGUGUAGUUGAGGACACCGAACUACACCAAGAUGCUGAUGGGUUAGCAACUGCAGAGCUACGAGGAGAGACUGAAAUAGAAGAACCUCCUAUUACUGGGCAGAAGAAGACUCGGGGGCCUACAUCAAUGUGCAGACUUAUUGUUGCUGCAAGAUGGGGAAAAAAGUCGACGAUUGAAUAUGAUGACAUAGGACGACCUGUGUACAAUGAAAAUGGGAAGGCACUACAAUCUUUCAUAGGCUCUGUUGUUAGAUCCAUGGUGCCUAUUAACAUAAAGUCAUGGCCCACUGUUCCAGAGAAGAUGAAACAGAAAGUGUGGGAAGAAAUAUCGGUGAAUAUAAUCCAAUAA